AUGAAGAAUACUUUAGAUAAAGAUUUGGAAUCAAAUGCAAUACAUGACUUAGAUAUAGAUAUUACCAUUCAAUAUUCUGAAUUAAGAAAAUUUAAGUUUCUAGUAAAAGGAGGUUUUGGUGAGGUUUAUGAAGUACAAUGGAAUGGGCAACGCGUAGCAGCGAAAUUUGUUAUCCGUGAAGAUCCUACAAAAUCGAAAGAUUUUGAUCGCGAGUUAACACAUCUGAAAGAAUCUAAAAACUGUGCAGAAUAUAUCGUACAGUUCCUUGGAUUAUCUCAAGACCCCAGUACAGGAAAAUAUAUCUUUGUUAUGCAAUUUGCAGAGGAUGGUACUUUGAAGGAUUAUCUGAUUAAGAAAAAAGAUACGCUGGAUUUAGAUACAAAAAUCUAUUUUAACAUAGCAAUUCUCAAUGGCUUAAGAUUUUUGCACGAUAAAAAUAUAAUUCACAGAUUUGGUGAUUUGCAGCCACACGAUGGUGGAUUUUUUGCGAAACUUUAUUUUGGUCUGAGAGAAGAGCGAGAAAUAGGAAUGCCGAUGGAUUAUAUAAAAAUAUAUGAAAAAUGUUGGAUUCCAGAUCCUUCGCUUAGACCUGAAAUCUCCAACAUAUUAAAUGCUUUUAAAAAUCUUAAAAAAGAGCCAACUUGUACGGUAGACGACAUUCAAUCUACAGAUGAUAUCGAACUUACUGGGCAAUUGCAAUUAAAUCAAAUUUCAACAGCAGUUUUAGAACGGUCUAUCAAAUUUGAUACAUUUUUGCCAUUAUUUAAAAGAAUUCAGCAUUUUGAAAAAAUUAAAAUGCCCGAUUGUGAUAUGCAACUUAAUAAAAGAAUGUGUAAAACACUAAAUCAAUGCAUUAUCGAUGCGGAACAUAAUGUUAAGACACUUCAUAAUCUAGAAGAAGGCCACGAUACAUUCGCAACAGUUGAGAAUUAUGUAUACUUUCAGAUAUUCCUACAAAAUGUUGAAAAUAUUCAUGGUUUUAUUGAAAAUAUUUCUCAAAUCAGAGGAUUGCAAUUGUUUAUACAACACACUGAUUCAGAGGAUAAUACCAAGCUGAAUUUUAUUGACAUAUUUAACAAAAUAAAUGCUAAUACUCAAAAUGCCUCCACCAAUAUUGGUGGCUUAUCGUUGGAGUAUAACGAACUUUUCGAUAGCAGGACACUGGUAUUUGUAAAGAAACUUGAAAAUGAAAAUAUUCAAAAAACAUUUGAUGGAAAUAUCAUGAUCAUAAGACGUAUUUCAUAUAUAGAGGAGGACAUUCGUAUUCGAGUAGCACUUUUAAAAAAUUUAGGGGGCUUUAUAAAUAUAACAAAAUUUUAUGGUGUUAUAAAAGAUGAAUCAUCUCCUGAUUCAAUAUUUAUAGUUACAGAAUGGUCAGAGUAUGGCAAUCUAAAGGCGCUUUAUAAGAACUACUUCCUGGACUCUUCAAUUAAAUUAAAAAUUGCGUUAGAUAUAUGUAGUGGAUUAGUGUUUUUAAAUGCAGUAAACUUUUUACACCGUAAUAUUAGACCUGAAAACAUUUUAGUUACAAGUGAUUUUAGGGCUAAAAUUACAAACUUUUUUCAUAGCCGAUUGAUAACAGAUGAAACAAGAAAUUUAGACAUUAAAAUUACUGGAAUCAACUAUUCAGAAAAUUAUAGCUUUGGUGUUGUUCUUUGGGAACUUUCAAAUGAAGAGACACCAUUCGAUGGUUGUGAUGAUGAUAGUAUAACACGUUCAAUUCUCGGUAAUUCUAAGCAUCGCAAACAAUGGAAUUUUAAGAAUUCCAUGCCGAAUGAAUUUAUAAAAAUUGUUAAAAAAGCACUUGAUUAUACACCAGAAAAUCGUCCAAUGAUAUGCCAUAUGUUCAAAGUUUUAUCUGACCUAGUAAAAAAUGAUAAGCAAAAGAAUUCUCAAGGAUGUCCGAAACAUCUUGAAAGAAAGGCUUCGAUAUUAGAUAUCACCGAAGGGUUGCCGAUGGACUAUGAUUAA